GUCUCCUCUCGUCAUUGAUCCUGAGUGCCUGAAGAACCUCACGAAAAGACAACAAUAAUCCCAGCUCAUUAGGUGGGUAAAGUAAAGGGUGAAUAUAACAAGGACAUCAGUGAAACAUCACAGCAUCUGCUCUUCACUAGAUCUACUGGAUCAUCAGUGAUUCGACUGAAUCAAAAUGCUGCUGAUGAUUGAAGCUCUUCUUCUCAUUUCAGCCGCUCUACAGGAUCGAGCAGCUGUCGCUGAUGGAAAGACACUUCCAUUGGAUAUGGCUCUGAAUUCUGUUGAUGACCUUUACGUCGGUUGCAAAAAGAACAUGGCCUAUCGGGUGGAGACAGAACUGCUAAAGAAUGAACUCAGUAACUCAGAUUUCAAAGAGGCUUGGCAGAAAGCUGAAGAGGAUCAUAAGCCUCCAGAAGAUAACUUGAAAGAGAUUCAUUCAGUUGCCAUUUAUGCAUACUCAGAUAUUGAUCUGCAUGAUAUUUUUAAUAAAGCUGUUCGUAGUGGUAAAGAAAAAUACAAAAACAAGACAUAUUCAUGGUAUUCACUUCAGUUUUUGCUAACAGAAGCGAUACAGAUUCUGAAGGAAACACAAAAUGGAUGCAAGUCAACUUAUCGAGGAACACGCAAUACAUUUGAUCAGAAUGUUCUAAACAAUCAGGUUCGUUUUGGUCAGUUUGCAUCCUCCUCUUUUGAUCAGACACAGGCAGAGGAAUUUGGAACGAAGUCUUGUUUUGAAAUCACAACUUGUGAAGGUGCUAAUGUGACAAAAUAUUCUGCUUUACCUAUUGAGAAAGAGGUGCUAAUUCCUCCAUAUGAGGUGUUUAAUGUUACUGAAGUCAAGACAAGAAAUGUUCAGGAAGAUCUCUGGUGUGAAACUGUGUUUGUGUUGGAAAGUACUGGAGUAAAAAGUGAUCUGAACUGUGAUCUGUUCAAGAAACCAGUCAAGUCUAUAACAAACAGAUCAAGGAGCUAUUACUUCAGACGCCUUCAAAAUCGAUCACAUUUAAAAUUUAGAUCACAUUUAAGGCGUAGAGUUAAAUUGCUCUCCCCUAUAGAAUGAUUUUAUGGGGACCCUUUGACCUUGGCAUUGCAAUUCUGUCCUUCUUUUUGAACUGAUGCAAUAGUUUAAAAUGUAUCUGGCGUGCUGAUUUACAUGAUCACAUGAGUUGCAAUAGUUCCACAUGAAUCAAUUUACUAAAUGAUUUAGCAUUCCUUGUCAGAAAAUAUGAUUUGUUGUAUAAUUUUCAAGUGAAGAAUUUAAAGAUCAAAUUUUUUUGUCAGCAGCCUGCGUGCAGCUUCAAGAAAGCAAACAUACAUCUGUGUUGCACUUCAC